UCUGGGUGGCUUACAGUGAUUUCAAAGCGGGUGCACGAUGGAAUACGAGAGAGAUAAACAGAAUGAAAAUAACCGCACCGAAUACAUCCCCACCCACUCACCUUUUGUUUUUUGAUCUUAUACGAUUUGUUUAAAAGUUAAGUGGACAGACACGUGAUGAGAUAGUGCCACCAAGUAGCUCACAGGCUGUCGAUAUAAGGGACUCCUGGCAACAGACGUAUCGCUGGAGUCAGAAAGUAUCAUUCCCGGAUAUUGAUAUUUCGAGUGACCCAACCGAUAAAGACGCCGAGUUACAAUUAAUUGAAAAGCGUUUGGAGAAUUGGUUUUUGAGCGAGUCAGAGAGCUCAGCCACGAUUUUAGCCGCAUCCUCAGCCACAUUGCCGAAGGAAAAAAAGAGAAGAUUUAAAUCUCUUCGGGUGGACCGUUCACAUGUUAAUUUUGUUGCACUGGAAGUGAAAAAAACGGACGAUGUGAUAACAGGAACUCCACUGUAUGCCAGAGACUCUGAGUUCGAUGAUAAGAAGUUUGGUUUCGUCAUGUCUAACGUAUUACUUCCAAUGGCGCUGGAUUAUCACAUACGGUCACGUGACAUAGAUGUUCAGCAACUGGCUGAUACAGAGCUAUCAAAGUUGAACGGCCGACCUGCUAGGAGGGAUAAAGCUGUACAGAAUAUAGCAGGCGCCGACCAAACCAUGCAAACGGCAUUCAACCGUGCCCUGAAUGCAUCGUUAGCUUCUUCUAGUUUCGAUUAUACUAUCGACGGUGUAAAGCAUGCUAUUGGCCAACUAAAUGACAAGCGGAAGGAACGCUUACUUUUAUUGUUGGAAUACAUUAAGGAUCAAGGAUUCACCAAAGGUAGCGGACUCGGUUCUUUGAAUCACGAAAUGAAUAAGGCCGGUGCUGGUUUUAUGACUGCAGCGUUUGUUCUAAGAAAGCUAUUAAGAUCAGAAGGAAAACUAUCCGACUACGUUGACACCAUGAAAUGGUACACUGAUUUCGGCGAAGUUUACCAAGAUAAUUUUGAAUAUAAAGGCACGACUGCUGAUCGCAUGAGAACCAUUUCACUUUGGAGGUUAUUCGCUGUUCUUAUGAUGCCUUCCUUAACAACCCCUGAAAAGCGACAGAAGGUUCGUGACAUGAACGCUCUUGUCCGCUGGUACAAUAACGCAAUGACUCCCAAUGAAGCAUUUGCGGGACUUUUAAAGCCAGACUUCGUUGCUUUCCAUCACUUUACUUUCUACGCUUCUUCUUAUACACCACAAGCUCUUCACGUAGCUGCAUUGAUCCAGUAUCUGCUCAGCGGAACUUCAUUUUGUUUGGAAAUCAAGUCAAUGAAUAACAUAGAGAAAGGACUGGAGACAUUGAGGAUUGUUUCUGUAAAGUAUUCCACUCCAAACAGCGUUUCAGGACGAUUUCCAGGAUUCACCCGUGCUAUUCUGUCCAAGAUUUUGCCAGCCUACGCUUAUGCUGCUGCUAAUGCUCCAUCACUGGACGGGAAUGGCAAACUUGGUGCUAUUAGCGUUCAGAACAAUGAUAUAAUCAGGAUGUUUGUGCGGCUAUACGAAAAAGUGACGGUGUCAUUGACAAUUACUUGAAGGAUGGAUCAAUUU